GUUUGGCAAUGGUGACAACGUUCUCAAUGUCCUUCCGAUGUCUAAGCUUCACAUCGUUUGUCCAAAUCCGUCCACCAUCUUGAAAAAAGUUCGAGAAAAUACACCCAAAGACAAACUUUAUGAAAAUGUUUGGAUUGUGUCACGCGACAAUUACGACAGCUGUAACACAGACUCCUCUAAGGGGAGUAGGCUUCUUCUGCGAUGUACCACACCCCUGGCGCUUAAAUAUUAUACUCUGGUGUUUCAGAGGUUCAGCGCUGUGUCAAACCAAGUGUUCAUUCCAGGGCGAGAAUAUUAUCUUAUUGCGACUUCAGAUGGUACGCAAGGCUCAAUAGACAAUCGAUUGGGAGGAAACUGCAAACACAACAAAAUGAAACUAAGGAUAUUUGUGUGUACAAGCAGCAGAGAUCCCCGGUACAACCGAAAACCUACAACCACCGCUACGAAACCUCCAACAACUUUACCUACUACAACUUUACAAUCUACCAUGUCAUCUACGACUACCAGCUCCACUUCUACUCUUCAAACCACUAAUUCGAUUAGAACGAAUGCGCUUACUGAGGAAAUCACUUUAUCAACAAGAACAACAAGCACCAGCGAAUCGUCCACAAGAAGGAUCGCGUGGCAAACAGAAGCUGCUGAAGAACCAGUUAUGACUACUGACUGAAAUGUAGUUGGUCUUCCAGUGAAUGCAGAGCUGAGCAACCCCAUCAAACCAGUUGCAGAGCUCAAUUGGACAAUCAUGAUUCCUUUAAUGGCCUGCCUUCUGCUGUCAAUCAUGGUGAACAUUAUCUUCUUUUGCCGACUAAGGAAACGAAAACAGGGAUAUGAUCUCGACGAGAAGAAUGCGAAAAUUAUCGAAGCUAAUUCAUUAAGACACCAGGAGAAAGACAGAAUAGAACCACGGGUGGAGAGAACUUGGUUAUUAUGCAGACGGUCAGCAGACGUUACGGACGUGUGAGAUGUUUUGUUGAAGAACAGGAGAAGUGGAAUGAGCAAUUCAGCUGUAACUGGUGAGGAUGUGACCAGAUGUGACCAGUUAAAAGAUGACAACCACGACGGGUUGAGUUUCAGUCAAUCACUGCGUGGCAACUGCCAGGCUGUAAAAAAAGCCAAAAACGAAACGGUUGUUGUGUUCACCUGUUCAGUUUAGUAAUUCUGUUCGUUGGUAUUUGGCUUUAACGUUACAUUCUUAUGUGGGUGUUCCCUGCUAGCUAAAAAAGGUUCGAUUGCAUAUCUUGGUGGAGUUUUUAAAUUGUCUUAACAUUGCUUUCGAAGGCCACCUUUCCAUAGCUCUCUUGUGUUCUUUGUGAUAGCUUUGUCGCCAGUCUCUAGAAUACUUGGUAAAGCUUGAGUAACAGCUUUUAACACUAAUACUUCUUGGAGUAUUUCGGUAACCAUCAACCCAUACCGUCAAAUCUUGGCCCGAAACUUUGGUUUCUAGCCUCUUAAAGAUAUCUAGGACUCGGUAAAACGCCUCAACAGCUUUCUGCGAUUGCAUUGUUUGAAGAAGGGUUGUGUUACUAAGAUAAAAGAUCAAAACUCAUCGCAUUUGGACACGAAAGAAAAACGUUGAUGGGUUCAGUUUCAGAAAAUUUAACUUAUGGUGUAUUUGAUCAAAAUUCAACAAGAAUUAAAAAAAAAAUUGAGAAGUCACAAACGGCAGUGCAAUUCACGUACAAAACAUUUUCUCUAUUUUAUUGAAAAGGACAGAAAACAUCAACACGAAACAGUUAUGUGUAUUUUGUUUGUUGCAAUAAUGGCCCGUCCUCUUGUAUGUAGUGAUUGAUGAUUGUCGAGGUGCAGCUUUUGUUGGGUAGUGAUGAGGCUGAGCAAGCCUUUCCCAGAAGACAUGUUAAUGAUUUGACUAAUUAACUUGUGAGUUGGCCCUGGCUUCGGCGCGAGUGUCUCUUCGUCCUCGGGAAAGUAUGGGGCCCUGGGCAACGUGAGCCGGUCACAAGUUUGCUGGAGUCUCGCACUCAUGAUUAGUGCCAGACCAUCAACCAUCUUCCCGCAGCGCUAAUCAUGAGGGCCUGGCACCUAGGGUAUUGACCAAUGAAAUGCCUGAAUUGUAGUGUUAGUUAUUGCGUGUAUCUUCUCGUUUUGUGGGUCGUUUUAUUAUUUUUAUACACAUAUGAUAAAUAUAUGACAGAUAUUCUCUAAUUAUGAUGGUGUAAAUAGUUUGUAUUUAAUUAAGAAUAUUUUGAAGAUAGGCGUUUGAAUAACAUGUAAAUAAACCAAAGCACAUGCCAACCACAAAUAAAGUCGAGUUUUAAUGUUA